GCUAGGCACCCCACUGGCUGGAAAUAUUUUGGCAAUUUAAUGGAUGCUGGAAUGUGUUCCAUUUGUGGAGAAGAAAGUUUUGGAACUGGUUCUGACCAUAUACCCGAGAAGGAUGGAAUUUGGGCCGUUUUGGCUUGGCUUUCAAUACUUGCAUAUAAAAAUAAGGAUAAUCUCAAUGGAAAUAAACUCGGUAACUGUUGAGGAUAUAGUCCGCCAGCAUUGGGCUACCUAUGGUCGACAUUAUUAUACUCGAUAUGACCAUGAGAAUGUGGAUGCUGGUAAAAUAUGCAGGAGUUCACGGGCCGAUUGGCACCUACUGUUAUCACAUAGAUCCGACUACAAGUUACAGGUUGCCUGA